AUGUCAGGAAGACUGAUUUGUAUUGCUGACUUUGAACAGCACGCUAAGGAAGUUCUUCCAAAAUCAGUGUACGAUUAUUACAGGUCUGGGGCAGAUGAUCAGCAGACGUUAGCAGAAAAUGUAGACGCAUUUUCCAGAUUAAAACUGUAUCCCCGGAUGCUGAGGGACGUGUCUGCUGUGGACCUGUCAACUUCCAUUUUAGGACAACACGUCAGCAUGCCGAUAUGUGUCGGAGCGACUGCCAUGCAGCGCAUGGCUCAUGCAGAUGGCGAGACAGCUACUGCCCGAGCUUGCAGAUCAAUGGGGACGGGGAUGAUGUUCAGCUCGUGGGCCACGUCCUCCAUUGAAGAAGUUGCUCAGGCCGCUCCGGAAGCAAUUCGUUGGAUGCAACUUUACAUCUAUAAAGAUCGGGAGGUCACCAGAUCCCUGGUGCAGCGUGCAGAAAGAGCUGGGUACAAAGGCAUUUUUGUGACUGUGGACACACCAUUCCUUGGCAAACGGUUAGAUGACGUACGCAACAAGUUUCAACUCCCUCCACAUCUGAGAAUGAAAAACUUUGAAACAAAUGACCUGGCAUUUUCAUCUGAGGAGGGCUAUGGAGAAGACAGUGGCCUGUCUGUCUAUGUUUCUGAGGCAAUCGAUCCAUCGAUUAAAUGGGAGGAUCUGAGGUGGCUCAGAGGUCUAACGACCUUGCCAAUUGUUGCUAAAGGCAUCCUCAGAGCUGAUGAUGCUAGGAGAGCAGUGGAGCAUGGCGUAAAUGGAAUCCUGGUGUCAAACCAUGGUGCCCGUCAGUUGGAUGGGGUCCCAGCCACGAUCGAGGUGCUGCCUGAAAUAAUAGAUGCUGUGGAAGGGAAGGUGGAAGUGUUCCUAGACGGUGGUAUAAGGAAAGGCUCAGAUGUUCUCAAGGCCCUGGCCCUUGGAGCCAAAGCAGUGUUUGUUGGCAGGCCCGUGGUCUGGGGUCUCGUCUACAAGGGUGAAGAGGGUGUGAAGGAAGUCCUCCAGAUAUUGAAAGAAGAGUUCCGGUUAGCGAUGGCACUUUCUGGCUGUCGAAGUGUGGAAGAGAUAGAUGGAACACUGGUUCGGAGAGAUCGACAGGCAACCUCCAAACUCUAG